AUGCUAAUUCUCAUAUGGACAACAUUGACAACGCUCUCCAUCAGCUUCACCUUCGGCCAAAAGCACUACAAGGUACAGCUGUCUCUCGGCGACAAUACAGGGCCCAACUUCCGUCUGGGCAAUCUGUUCACCCACAUUCCUGGCAUGUCCUCCUACGACCAGACAUUUCACAGCCACGUGCUCAAGCCGGACAGGGAGUUUCAGCUGAAGCUUAACGGCGAUUUGUUUACCAAACUGUCCAUUGAUCGGGAUUUAGUCUGUGCAAAGCUCAAGUGCUGUGAACAGGCGGUCUGCACACUGCGAGCAGAGGCCUACUUUUUCACUUCCGGCCCCCAGCCCCUUGUAAUUGAAAUUCUCGUCACUCUCUCCGAUGAGAACGAUAAUCCUCCGAGUUUCGACUUACGCCACGGUGAGCCAGAUGAGUUGCCCGGGUGGCUGCCACACAACUACCACAGUCUCCCCUACCUUCAACUUUCUGUCUCUGAAUCUGUCAAAAUCGGCACGCCUCUGUCUCUCCCCUGUGCUCAUGACCCCGACUCCAGGGAGUUUGGAGUCGCCUCCUACGAGCUUCGUGGCAUCCCUCGUCCGAAUGCGAAUAAGAGUCAGCGCAAUGACUUUAGACUGGUUCAGCAGACGUCAAAGUUACCGGCCGGAGAGUUGAGCCUAGUUGUGUCGCAGAGUUUGGACCGAGAACGAGAAGCCGCCUAUUGGUUUGAGCUUCGUGCAUCGGACGGGGGAACUCCAUCUCUCACGGGAACUCUGCUGCUUCAAGUAAAAGUGGACGAUGUUAACGACCAUCCGCCAGUGUUUAUCCAGCCUCGCCAGGGCUCCGAUCUCUCGAUAGAGAUCCCAGAAAAUACUGAGUUCGGUCACGUGGUGUACACAUUCCGCGCCACGGAUGCUGAUGUGGGCGAUAACGCCAAAGUAACCUACAUCAUUGACCGGGCCUCCAGUUACCCACGCAGUAACAGUCAGUUAAAUAAAUGGACCCUGGACGAAGAAACUGGCAUUCUCACAGUUUUUGGCAUUUUAGACUAUGAAAAUGAAGACGACAGAAAAUUUGUUCUCAAAAUUGUCGCACGCGAUGCCGGUACUCCGCCACUGUCUGCCACAACCUCCCUGACUAUCCUUCUCACCGACACAAACGACAAUCCGCCCCUCAUAGAUGUUCGAAGAGCGGGCUUGGCUGCCGGCAGUACCGGCGAGAAGUCGACAAUCAGCCCAAUGGGUUUCCGUUCUGAACCGGAUCUUGUGGAGAAUGAUGCGGAACCCCGACUUCUGAAGGUUAUCUCAGUGUCCGAUGCGGAUGCAGUCUCCGCGGGCAAAGUAACCUGCUCACUGGGAAACUCCAGACAGCAGAGGAGGGAUUUUACCCUGCGCGAAUAUACUCCCCUUAUUUAUGGUCUUUUCAAUAAUCGAGCGUUUGACUUUGAGGAGGACGCGGACAAAGAGGGGAAUAUCAAUGUUAUAAUCUCCUGUAUGGAUAAUGCCUCGCCGGCACUCUCCUCUGAGGCGAUUGUUCCGAUUGCUCUUCAGGAUCUAAACGACAACUGGCCGGCCUUUGAGCGUCAGAGUUACCACUUCGCCGUCUACGAAAACCUCCCCAGGCAGUCGGAGAUUGGCCGAAUUCAGGCCUUUGACAAGGACAGGGGUUUAUAUGGUAAAGUCACCUACUGGUUGACCUCGGACGUCCCAGCUAAUCUUGAUCUGGUAGAAAUUAACCCUCAGACGGGAUUUAUUCUAACCAAGGGAGAACUGGACCGAGAACAGUCGGACACGCUGAUGUUUCGCGUCACUGCAGCUGAUGGGGGAGCCGGAGAUGAGAUGACUGAACCCGGUGAAUCUGCUGAUCACAGAGGUAGGAAAACGAACACCACCACCUUGACAAUCCGCCUGCUGGAUGUCAACGACAACGCUCCAGUCUAUACAGGUCCGCUGGAAGUACACAUAGCUGAGAAUGCAAGAGCCGGCACGGUUGUAGUUCCCCACCUCCAGUUUUAUGACAAAGAUAGUGGAGAAAACGGCACCGUUAAGGUCUUCUUCGGUGGCCACAGUCAGUAUUCGCCCCAUGGCUCCUACGAUGGUCUACGCUCAUCGGACAUGGAGGAUGAACCCCAGCGGACCAGUUCUGACGGUGUCUUCUCACUGAUUGCUGGACAGGAACUUGUUCUCACUGGAAGCCUAGACAGAGAAACUCACUCUCGCCUCCUGGUCCGCCUGAUCGCGAUGGAUUCUGGACGUGUUCGGCAGCUCACCAGCACAACCACACUCACCGUUAUCGUGGAUGAUGUGAAUGACAACGCUCCUCAACUACUGCAUCCUCGAAACGCCAGCCUUCUAACCGGGCUUCUAGACCAUACUGGUUGGGGACAGGAGGACACGGGUACUCUUCCCGUGGACACACCACCGGAUACCCUAGUAACUACUCUGCGUGCCAGGGACAUCGACGACGCUGACAACGCCUAUAUUUCUUUCCGGCUACGAAGAGCAGAGCCGCAUGAGUUGUGGUACACCCAAGGGGAAGAGACUACGAACACCAAUGCUAAAGGCGUUCCAUUCAUUCAUGUGAAUCCCCUGCAGAGGCGGAAACUCGUUUUGGACGGUGCUGAAUACUUUUUCCUUGACGAGAAGCUGGGCCAUCUACGAACAUCCUGGCAGAAGGCCAACCAUGCCUCCUCCAAACCCGCAGAGCUAAGCGAAGUAAACACAACCAACUCGGCAGAGUCACGUGGUAGCUACUCUCCCAAACCACCUCCUCUCGGACUGCUUGCAUUGGUAGUGGAACUGAGAGACCACGGUCAUCCGCCACAAGUAACCACAGCCAUAUUCUACGUGAACAUCAGCGAAGCGGCGAAUCGGGGUUUUGGAUUUUCCGUUUUCGGCUUAGGGGAGGCCGGCCUGAGCAAUUCCAUCAUUCUGAUUCUGAUUAUUGUCUGCAGUUUCGCCCUGGUGAUCAGUCUGACUGCAGCCAUCUUCUGGGUUCGUUUCCGCGUGGACAGCGGUCAGUCUCGGUACCACUCACGUCUAGCCGUCACGGAAAACGGCGGGGUCAGCAACGGUGGGAGGAAAUUCCACACCAAUUUUAACACUUACUUUCCAGCCAACAGUAGUGCGUCGGCAGACAACUCCGAGAACGGUAACAUGGACGGGGUGUACAAACCUCUGAGCGGCAUGAAGUGGAACAGGCCUGAGUUUCUAGAUGCCAUUCACUGUAACAGCACUGAGUCAUCGGAGUUGCGUCUUCUUGAUCCCAACAGUCUGGUCUUCAUGAAGGGUGUGGAGACGUCCAGCAACUGUGUGGAUUCCGCUAUUGCCAGCGAGGACAUGCAUCUGCUGCCGGCCUAUGCCUCCUAUCGCCGGGAUGUCUAUGACCUCUCGGGACGUCGGCUGACGGACUGCCUCUCCAGUGGUCCCUUUCAUGAAGUAACGACUCUGCCGUUCUCCUACUCCCUUCGACGCUGCAUGGGGCCACAAGAAGUGCCGGCUAACAGUGCGGAGACUGCGAACAACGUCCCACCGCAUCUGGUCGCUGCUCGAACACCCUACGAGUAUGCCUACACCGAGGCGGCGGACUACCAGGUCGCAGGUUCCAUCACCAUGAGCGGUGGUGGCAGCGACAGCGGACUGGACAGCGGGGGUUGCGCUAUCGCUCAAACCUCAUCACCCUCCCCCUUGACACUCGGACCGAACGGCCGGGCAGAGUUCCAGAAGGUACACGGAUACUCAGCACAACCGCUACCGCCCCCUGAAACUGACUACAUGCCCUCCACUUUCCGGCCGGUCGGCAAACCACAGCAGACCUCAGAGCCCUUUAUUCACUCACCCUCUUCUCACGAUGCCCUUAGUCCAGUUUUAUUUGCCGGGGCCUCGUCCUCUGAUCUGAAUUCCGAGUACCCGCGGGCCAAUCCAACAUCUGCACAUGAGGAGCUUGUGAGUGUUUGGCUUAAAGCAUUUUGUUUUCAUUUCGCCUGACUUUACAUUAUCGUCGGUUUAGAAUUAUUCCAAAGCGCAAGACGCUGUCAUUCAUAUUCUAAUUAGGAUUAAAUUCCCCUUUCUCGCGGCAGUUUCCACUAAAACAUCUCGGUGAUCAUUAAACGGCAUGAUUUGCAGUCUGGUAAGUAGACGGGCCUACGACCUUCUGAGCCAUCGCAAAAAUAAACUGAUUAUUGAUUCCCCUGGAUGAAGGCUGAUCUGAGUGCCCAAGGCCUAACGAUAUGUGCCUUUAUCGAACCACUGACUGUACGCAAGUAAUAAAUUAAUGAUGUGUCGGAAUCGGGAAUAUUUUAUGUUUUUUUGCACACCAUAACCACAGAUAACAGUCGAGACGUUACGAGUGCAGAAACUAGUCAAGAAAAUUGUUUGCCUCUGCUAAGGUUUCCAAUGGGACUGGAGAAGACGAAACACAAUGCUCCAGGUGUUCAAUGUGUGCUUUGAAUGUUUCUUCGUCCUCUGCCUCAUCCAGGAUAAAACAAAAACGUGAAUGUAACUUCCGAAUCUCUGCUUUUAGCAGAUUGGAACCAUGCAACGAAUUGGAUGACCUCGUCAAAUCGGUCCUUCUGACCAACUUACCCCUCAGAAGGAUAAAGAAGCAUAGCCGGCUAGUGUUAAGUAGCCGAAUAGUCGAACCUUCCACUUUAGUGGUCUGCUAAUUAUGACGGCCUCAGCAUGCGCUGGGUCGGACCUGACAGGGUGGCGCAUAAAGGAUUCCAAAGCCUCAGUCCUGAGGAAGUACCUCAGAGAAGACUGACCACCGCUGACCAGGGAUUUAGCUCUAUUAGGCUCGGGUUAAAAAAAGUUGGAGAAAGCCCUCCUCAGGCAAUAUCUCCCCGAAAAAAAUAACGAAUGCACAAUGACACCCCCGUGCGCUUCUGUACUUACUGGCGUGUUACAAAAUAAGUUGAACUUGCGAUGAGUAGUCAAUGAAGGAGAUGGAUACUGUAUCAUUUCAACAGGGGUCAGCCAUACAGAGUUGCCGCCUGGGGUUUUCAUCCUCUUCUUCAACAGAGCAUACUUAACCGCAAGUUUUUUUUAGCGGCCCUGAGCCCUCCUCUUUUCUCGUGUGCUUUAGACCGUUAUCUCGAAACCGGCGACCAAAAAUUUGACUUCGCAGACACAACAAUAGUAUACGCGUGGAUCUUGCAUCGAUUCUUCGCCCCUGUCUUUUUGCCUCAGACAGUCGACCUUCUGUGUUUAGAUUGAUCACUGCUAGAAUGACGCUACCGACAAAAGCCAGGGAGACUGGAGUGGCCAUUUCUGGCUUCUUGACCGUUAUCAGUCAGUCACACUCAACUCUGAGGUUUGCAACCGUUGAGGCUUCAACCCGCGACGUGCUGGUUAGAAAUCCAAAAUUCUGACCACCGAGACUCGGUGUUUGCACACCUCGGAGCCAGGUAUAACUGGCUGAUGACUGUUAACAAGCCAGAAAUGGACAUUCUAGUCUCCCUGGUCUCUGCCAGCAAUAUCAUUCUGACAAUAAAACAAGCAGUUAAGAGGCUUCUGACGAAGCUUGAGACUGAGCCCUGAGGCAAAACGGAACGAGUGAGUACCGUAACACCUUCAGUGAGCGUCCAUCUACAAUUACUAAUCACUGUACCCUUUGGGAAAGCACUGGCGGUCAAGUGGGUCAGUCGAAGUCUCGCAGACUUCUAAAAACGCACAUGAGUAGGGGCGCGUUUAUAAGUGAACAUUUUCCGCCAUCAGAGUUUAUGCUCAAUGAUCAACCGGUUUCCUGAUAUCCCACCUUCCAAGUAUACCUUGCACCAAAAGGAAUGACCCAGCUCUUUCUGGUUUGUGUACACACAGACACAAACAGUAGUGUGAAUUUGCAGUCAACAUACAACUGACUGACUGCCAGUUGGUCGCGUUAUACACGCGAGUUCUAUGGAGCGAAUUUAGAAGAGCGCGCACUAGAUUUGGAGAUUCGCAGUCGGCUGCCUUAUACAGCACAUUCUUCCCCCUCUCCCCGGCAGAAAAUCGCGCUAGUUUAGUGGACGCUUGAGAAGUGCCCGCCAAUACUUAAUAACCUUGUUAACUUUAGGACCAAAACCCGCCGUUGCGGACACACCUUUUUGUUAAUUAAGCCUCGAUGUCCCUUCCUGCAAGCACCCAUUGUGGAGGUUUGUUGUGCUUGAAGUGGCCUGUCAGUAGAACUGUUGUUCCUUCUUAUUUAAAAUCGAACCUUAUAUUUUAGCCCAAUAUACCAUCGUUUAAAUUGAGGUUGACUGUUACGGUUAGCGCUUACUGUGGACAAACACUAGGAAAUAAAGCUAACGCUUCAUCGGCUACGGUAAAUUUGGCUUUAACUGAGAAAAAAGGCGACCUUAAAAGAGAUUUCAUUUGCAAGUAACAGACAGCGGGAAAUUAGACAUUUCGCUUGGAGAUAAUUGUGGCCUGAAGUUUCCAAAAGCCGCCUUGCGUGUAAAUCUGCCGAGACACCAUGACAAUGCGGUCACAUACACCCCCCUUCCGGUGAACGCAUAUUUCUAGUAAAAAAUGUAGUUUCCGGUCAUUAUCGUCCGAAAUCGGUGUGAGAUGACAAAUACAGCAUUACGUUGUAUGCAUUACAUGCAACGGCAGUAGUGAAAUUCAGCCGAGAAGCUUAAAGGACAGAUUGAUUGCUUGCAGGCUGUAAACGGAUGUUCUUUUACGUCGGAGUCCUUGGUAUAACAACUGCUAGUUUUAUCUGGAUUCUGUUUAAAAAAUUUUGACAUAAGGGCAGGCGUGGGAAACCAGCGUGAUCUCCUCUCAUACGAAAGCCUUAGACAACCAGUCUACUUAUUGGAAUUUUGUCAGCAUCACCUUACAGAACGUGAUUGACGGCUAUGCGGGGGGUACCCAAAAACGAGAAUUGUCUAUUUACUUUUUUCCCUGUUAAGGUGAUAUUUUAAAGACAGAGAACCCCCUCAAAACGCUGUCUAGUAAAUUAUGUACAAUUGUUCCAGCGGUUGUUCCACUGCCUGAAACAGUUUUCAUAUUCCUCUGAAUUAAUGGGAUAAAGUGCCUCCAGCGACGUUUUAAUAACCUCCUGUACACUGCAAAAAUACCUCCUCUGUAGAUCUUUCUGGAUUUGAAAGAAUAAGAGGAAGUCCCAGGGCGUUAAACCAAGGAGGCAAAAAACCUUUGUUAUGCCGUUUUUCGCCAAAAAAGCUGGUUGCCUUUGAACCCUUUGCGGGAAGGCACUUUGUCAUGACGAAGCAGCCAGUCUCCCGAUCGCCACAAUUCAAGUCGUCUUUUUUCUUACUGCCUCACGUAAUCACAUCAGCACUUGCAGAUGUAAGUGUUGCUUUACUGUUUGCCGUGAGGAACAGAUUCAACAUGAGCAACUCCUUUGAUGUCGAAAAAACUAACCAUCAGGAACAGGAAAUAGAAUACUCUGUUGGCGUGAAGAUGCUUAACGUCUGGCAUCGUAAAAUUGUCGAGAGUGUUCGGAGAGGAUGUGAUAAAACAAUCAUUCUGCCCGUUGACGCAAACGCUACUUGGCCAACUAAACAGUAGUAGGCGUACCUAGCGGAAGAGGGCAGCACGACCAGAGCAGUUGCUUACCGAAAAUAAUUCUCGUUUUUGGGUACCACUUCAUAACUGCAGUAGAUGGACUAACUCAGGAAAUGUCCACCGAAAUUCCAAAAUGCGUUUUCGUUUCGAAAAGAUUAAUUAAGUGUGGUUGUAUAACCAAUCAUCAUUUAGCAUAAUUCUAUAAUAACCCAAUUACCUCAGGAUGACAGCUUUCGAAAGAACUUCUUUUCGGCUGUAUGCAAAACUAUACUCUGGAAAAAAUGAUUACGUAAAUUUCCUGCAUUUUUCUCCUUGAUUUUCGAUGCCAUUAAAAAUGCAAUUAUAUUUCAUGGAAAACAUGCUUAAAAAUAUUCAUUCCUUUGCUCAUUCGGUAGAAAAUUGCGUCUUCUUUUAAUUUCAUACUCAAAGGAAGGAUACAAUUCGGUUUUCAAAACUUUUUCCGACCCCCGAAUAAUUUUGAACUCCACUUGGCAUAACACUUGCAUUCAGGGUUUCCAAACAACAAGCCGUAUAUUUUCCGCGUACGGAAAACCACACAUUUCUUUACGGUAUUCAGACGAGACCACAUGGGGUUGAUAAAAGUUAACAGUGGAUUUGAUCCAUAUUGUUAACUUUACGAGCCACAUUCUUGAAUGCAGAGACAUGACGUUUUAUGAACGGUCAUUUCACGAUAUUAAAAAACUCACAAUUGGAAACUUUCUUAAAACCGAAUUACACCCAUCCUUCGAGUAUAAAAUUGGAAGCCGACACACUUUUCCAUCAAAUAAGUGAAAUAGUGAAUAUUUUUUGCAUAUUUCCCAUGAAAUAUAUUUGAAUUUUUAAGGGCAUCCAAGACCAAUGACAAAAAUGCAUGCAACUUACGUAGUCAUUUUUUACAGAGUAUAGUUUAUGCAUGCAGCCGGAAAUAAGUUUGUUUGAAAGCCGAAAUUAAACGGUAACUGAAAUAUUAUAGAUCUACGCUGCACGGUGAUCACUUUUACAACCCUACUCAAUAAAUCUUUUCAAAAGGAAAACGCCUUUUGGAAUUUCGGUUGACAUCUCAUGAGUUAGUCCGCCUAUUGUAUUCAGCUUGGCCGUAUACAGUGGCUGCACAGGGGAGGGGGGCUCUACAUCGUUUAAACCCCAAGCGUCAGGACUUUUGAGUAAGUCCACAGUUCACAAGGACUAUAUAUCCGAUUGUCUUACAAUUGUCAAUAUACUCCUCAGUUGGGGCAAGCAGGGCACUUUCCAAAGGCGAGACAAGUGGGCGCAAUGAAAGAUGUGGGUGUGGGCAGAAUAAACUUCAAAAGGCCCUACUAAUGGCCUUCUGUAACGGGGCCGGGUCUUUUUGUGCAUUUAGUUGGGUGUAAUUUGUGGCGGUAUGUAACUCUGUGUUGUCACAAAGUAAAGGGCACUGGCCAGUGGGACUUUUUCAAAACAAUCACUCUCUUGACAACCAAGGGCAUGGGGGCGGUUUGUGUGUAAUCCCCACUCAGUGCGCAUAUGAAAGUUUUGUAUGUCUAGGGCGGAACUGUCAAAAGAAGGCUUAAAAGUUCAAAUUUCUUUUUUUAUUUCUUUCACGAGCAUACCAAAACUGGUUUAAAAUAGGCUUUCAUACGAUUACUCCUUAUUACCGGCAUCCGAGUGAGGCAACUUUAGUAAAAUUGAGAUAACGUCAGAGUAGAAUGAUAGAAGUUUAAAGUAAACUUUUGUUUGAAAACCUCUUCACAAUGCUUCCGGGAAAAUGUUAGCAAACAUCUCAGAUGUGCAUUUCUCACAAGGUUUCUCAUUGUUACGGAGUAGGCGCUGGGCAAAUUCAUCUCCUGACAUUCGGAGGAGUUACGGAAGUCUUUGUGACUGGAACAGUGCCUCUCGGAUCCUUGUUAUUGCGGAAUCCACAGAUAAUAUGAUUAGGCGACAGCCGUAGCAUGUCAACCAUUAAAUAGAGUCCAAUACAUCAUUUUCAGGUAACGGGAAAAUGCCAUGACUUUACGUCAGAUCAGAAAGUCCUAAGAGAUUUUGCAACAUUUUGCGUCCAGCAAAUGGAAAUCAUGUCAUUGUCGAACGUGUCAUACUACGUCUUUUGCCCGAACUAUUUCAGCAUGAAUAUUACGAAAGUAUCAUUUAAAGUGGGGAAAAAAAUCUGACAAAAAAUUAAAAGUGCCAAAACAUUAGAAACAGUAACCCUUUAGAGCAAAUGAAUUCACAAGUUUUCUUCGGUAGGGAUCGCUUAUGUGCCCUCCCCCCCUCACUACCGACACGAUAUGGAACAAAGAACGUCCCGUAGUACAGGUGGUCUUAGGGAAAUCAGAGUUAGGAUUAGGAUCAGAGCUAGGGUUAGGGUUAAGUUAAGGUUACGGUUUGGGUCGAGAUCGGGGUUAAGGAUGGGUUUAAGAUUGAGGGUACCUCUGGGGUUAAGGUUAGGUUGGGGUAGAGAUCAAUAUUAAAGUUGACACAUGAACAGGUCAUUUUCCUCGAAUCUAGCGCAAGAACACCUGUUUUCAGAGUGGAGCCUUUCCUGUUCCAAUGCCUUUUCGCGUGGGCGGAGCACGUAAAUCAUGCCCACCUUUCCUCCAAGUCAUUCAGACCGGACAGGCUUAUCUGUGGAGUACAAAAUGAUUGGUUCAGUAGUAUUAACCAUUAAAUAACUUAAUUUUGUCGAUUUCUACGCCGAUUCACUCAAGAUUUGUCAAACUCGGCUUAUCCUACUGGGAAGACUUGUAGUCUAAACAAUGUAAAUACUCCCUGGACACGUGUGAUGGACGGUUGGGCUAAGCACGGGGAACGAUUACGUAAAUAAAGUAGCGGCUCCUCAGCGACAGAUUCGGGCUCUUUAACGGUUCUCCCCGUUUAUCUUAGUCUAGAUACUUUUGAAAUAUUAUUAGAGAGUAAUAUCCAGGAGCAAACUAUUGCCUGACAACCCCUUUCUCGAGCAACCAACGUCAACUGACCGACUGUACGUUAGAGAAUAUCGGCAAACUCAUCAACGUCACCGCCAAACACUGGCGUUAUUCUCAGCAUGCCCAGAAACUCAUGAGACCUUAAAAGGCACCUGCGAAUGCGGCCUCGAUCAUUUCCAAGGGAAUAUUAGAGAUGACAGUUAACGAGAUGAUUUCCCGUCAAAAAGCCAUUUAUAAGCACUGUCCGUGCUAAACGUUGAUGAGAAGACCUUCUCUACCCCCACACUCUCUCACUCUCCCUUCAUUCUUUUCGCUGUUACGAGUCCCCGACGAAAAGCCUUUCUUCCAUGCGAAAACCGGCUAAAGGAGCCUGAGCAAUGAAUUGGGGAGUUCGAUGCGUACUGAGUGCACUGACUUUUCAGGACAUCACCGGCGCUCUGCGGAUAAGAACGCCGUGCUGUAAAAAGUGCAACAAUUACCCGCGUAUCAGGGGGCUCCGUUUGCCUAAAAAGUUCGAAUUAGCUUUCCAUUACUUCAGCGGAAAAAUUCCCAAUUUUAUGUGCGCCAGCGGCCCAAUUAACAGUGAACUCGACUCAGAUACCCAAUCACCGACUGAUCACAGUUCAUAGUCCAUGUCGUCUUGACCUAUGCUCAUGCAGGUCAAUGAAGACAGAUAACCCCGGAAAUUCUGGUAGGGCACAGGAAUAUAGGUGUGCUCUCCUCCAUAACACUGGUGACCUUGCACUAACUUCCCGAGAAAAGGGGCACAGGAUUAGGGUUAGUUUUCAGGUUGGCACACAGGAAUUGGUGCCCUUUGGAAUUCGCCACAAGACCACCUCUAAUGUCCGAAACUCGCGCCCAUUUUUCUCCCUUCUUUUUGUCGUUAAGACCUAUCAGGGAACUUUUGCCUAGGAGGACUUUCCCUUAGACGUCAGUAAGAGGCUACAGAUUAUGAACGAACAUGACAUGCGAAAUGAUAAAAGUUCAUUGAAACGCUCCUGCUUAAGGGAUUUUUAUCUAAGAUCAUCCGACCGUAUGAUACAAUUAAAGUUCAGUGCGUUUACUCUACUCACAAAACUCUCGUCAGUAGCAUUAAUCAGUGAAUCCGGUCGGGAAUUAUAUAUCUGCGACUCACAGCUGAGACAGAAAGUGCAUUAAACCGUACACCAUCCGGCAAGUUGUUAGGAACUGAAUGUAAGUCUAUUGUUGUGCUGAGUUAUCGCCAGAAACAGGCCGUGAGGUCACGUCUGGACACGUUAGUCUAAAUUUGACUGAAAAAUUCGUGAUGAACAGUAUUCUGACACCGCUUUGUGAACAGGAAGCACUUGAAAUUAUUUUCGAUGAGCCCCUUUAUGACCUACUGAAGUCUCGCUACACAAUUUCGUCCUACAGCUGGUCCUAAUUUAUAGUGAAAUAUAACGUCUCCCAAGAUUUAAAUUAUUCUGAGGAAAAUUGAUUUGGCGGAAAAACACUUUACGCCGCAUACAAAAUUCAACGCUUUUGUCCCAGGGUCGAAAAUGUGCGAUCUUCAUCGGCGUUUUAAGCAAGCUAAAGUCAAAUAGCAAAUCAGUGAAAAAGAAACCCUGAAUCGACAUUUUUUGACGUUUAUUUGCGGCCUUUCAUUAUAACUUAGGUUUUGGAAAUCUUCACAUAUAAACGAGCCACUUCAUUUCACAACUCAUACAACAAAUGUUGGUAGGACCUUUCGGCCAAAUUAGUUCCUUGUUACAAAAGAUGUCGCUUUUCUUAGAGUUAUCAUAAACAGUUUUUAGUUAACAGAGACUAGAAACGACUUCGCCAAUCACAUUUUAUUUCUCAUUAUUAAGUAGACGAGUUACGCAUUCCCACUUGCGUGGUACUUUCGCAUUCCGCAUACACAACUUAUUGGUAAAUGUUUCUCUUUCCUCUGUGGCUACUGUUUGCUGAAGCAAAGAAUUCUGGAAUUUUUAGCAAAAAGAAAUUCUCUGGCUUGCACUUUUUACAGAACUUCAUCGUUUAAAAAUAUAUCAUUACCAAUGGCUUUGCGUCUUACACUUUCAGUACAAGUUAUCAAUCACAUGAUUUCCAGCUUGAGGGCAAUAUUUGUACUCAAUAGUAAUUUAAUUGUACGCUUCUCGCUGAUUUACAGCAACUAUCCAGAUGUGCUCAUCCUCUUAUUGGCUAAGCGGCCCUCUGUCAUUGCUAGAUGUUGAAAUGGAAUGCCAUAGGAAAAUUAUAAAACUGGGAUGCAAGGUUAGUGUUUUGGGUAGAGCAUAUAUCGAGUCCUGCAUUUAAGUGCUCGCUUAUUUAUUUAUUUUCCCAAAGGAAAGCACAUAGAGUGCACCUGAUUUUAAAGCUUACUCACCACCUCUAACCUGACUGAGUCUAAAAUAAAUGCGUUAAUGUGCUGAAGGCAAGGAUGUUUUACAGGUGGAAGACGAAGUCCCAAUCAAAUUCGAUCUAGCAGUUGCCGGGUUGCCGCUGUCAUACUUUUACGCAAAUGUAUUUUCAUCAGACAACUAAUUCACUUUAACCCGUUGGGAAGGAUGCAAAAGAGUAGCUGACUUUCUACUAAAUUAAUUUAAAAAGUCAAAAUUUCUUGACAGGUCUGCAAAGACAGUUCUCUCUUUAGUGUAUAAAUUUGCAAAAAAUGAAUAAAGUAAACUUACACAACUGAGCGUGGUUAGGCAGUGGCUGUAAAUACAGACUGUCAUAGGAACUUGCCUGAGGUAAGCCACAAAGAAAGUUCUUGCUGGCUCUUAGCUGCUAAGCUUUCCAAAUCGAUGAAAAAAACAAAUUUCAGGAAAGCACUACCUGGGUAAUACGUAAGUUUCUAUCGCCUUCCUGAACCUCUGUGGAUUCAGUUAGAUAUGCAGGUUGCUUAUUGAAGUUAUAGAAUAACUGUGAAGUACUGACAACCAUAGCUCAGUAAACUGAACCUCUGAGCUGCUUUUUAGAGCCAGCAUCAAGGAUGGGAAAAAUCACCGCGCAGAAUAUAGUUUAAAAUAUAAGUUCCCACCACGUAAUGUACUUGUUUAUUUUAAUAUGGAUUUUUAUUAUGAAGAGCAGCUCUAGGAAAGGGAUUUAGGCUCAUUGGCCUGGCUGAAUAACAAGUCUUAGCCAGAGGCAAGUCCAACGCAUCUGCAUGAUGACUCGCUUGCCGGUCGCGUAAACGGGCUACGUGGUAGAUGCGUUCGACCAACACGGGAGCCAGACCGGAUUCUGGCAGGCGUUUUCAGAAUGCGCGUCAUAACAAAUGCCAACAUUUGGGGGGUGCGGUGGCAGACUUAAUUGUCGGCUGACCUCGACCAUCCCCCCGCAUUGUUGCUGUUGGUUCGAAGCCUGGUCAUUUGUUGUGUGGACCAGGGGAUGUGGAGUGGAGUGUCAAGGUGCGGGCUCGACCGUGCCACCCACCUGCGCCUUCCCUCGCGUCCGGUCAUCUUGACCCCGUCUUCACACCGGGCCCAGGUGGAGGGGGAGGAGAGAGUGCGAUGGGUGCUAUGCAAGUCCACUACCACUAUGAACUAAUUCACAUACAAGUCACCGUCCCUGCUUCACCUGGCUGUGGAGUAUACGUGGACAUUGUCGGAUGCGACAGUUGAACUGUCAGUUACUUACUCUGUGGCGUACACAGCCUCUGAAAUCUUUUGCCACUUCAUUAGCGGACGCAAAACCAGCAAGCAAAUACACAACAUGACCAUUAACGACUAAACCUGCGCAUCUGAACUGCCUUCAGUUAUCGCCAUUUGUGUACCCCGGCUGAGCGACACAGUACAGCCCCACGCUUUCUGAUUACAAAGACGACUAAUACGGCCAUAGGCUGUGCCCUAAGGCGGACUAACUGAUUAGUUUACAAUUUAAUUUUUUGACGAAAGUAUGAUUUAUGACCGGGGUAACUGACUCCGGGAAGCAUUUGGGUUGAGCAAAAGAGCUGAACAUCUAAGAAAUUCAUGAUAUCACAAAUGUUGUUCUCCCGUAUUGUCACCAAUUAAAAGGAAUAACUAUUUUUACUAUUUGAUGAUAAUAGUAAAUGAAUUUAAUGCACCUUUAUAGGCGUUGUCAAAAAGGUAUCGGAUCUUCGUACGUUUACUCCGAUAACUACCUUUAAGUCUCUUGAUCAUCCUUACUCAACAACCAACGCGUGGUCUUUUUGUUUCUUUCUCUUUCACGUAAAAACAAAUAUCGCCAGUUAUUUUCUUUUAGCACGAUUGCUCUCAGGGUUAAUUAACCCGGCCAUAAGUCAUACCCUUUCCGGUUUUUUUUAUUUUUUGUGUUCCAAGUAGCUUUGAUGAUGACUUCGAGAACGGAUUGGAGAGCCCAGCCAGUCAAGCCUUAAUUUCUAGUUUGCGACUAUUAUUUUCAAAUUAUACUUAUUGGUAACGAAACAGGGAAAAAUAACCUCACAUACGCACAUUCUAGGAAAUUACUUCGCUAACGAUGGCACUUAGAAACCGACUGUGGUUUAGAUCUAAAAAACAUCUUAUUUUUGCAUAUUUUGAAACAUGACAUCCCAUUUGACCCGGAUUAAAAGAUAAAAAGAAUGAAGUCAUGUAUUUUCUCUCGUUAAAAUACCAAGAAAAGUCAUAGGAGUCUGGGAAGGCUCAUAGCGUCUGACUGGCCGUCAGCAGUCAGUCAAAACCUCGUCCAAGUCCCGAACGACCUGUGAUCUGAAUACGGAUCCACUCGGUUACCAAGUAUUCGAAUGAGAUGCCAUACCGUCUAUACUCACAAACUUAUGCCCCGAAAUUUCCUUCCCUUACUCAAAUGAGUGCGGCAUCAGUUCCGUGUAAUUUUAACCCUUCUUGAUUGCAGACUACAGGCCGCGAGACCAUGGCUACUGCGUUAGCUUAUCUAACUCAUGUACUCCGAGAUAAACGUAACAAGGUGGGCCAUAACGCGGCCGGAUGUGGACAGGAGACAUUAAAGUAACCCUUUCGCGGUCAUAAGCCUAAGCAUAAACCGAUGUUUAAGAUCUUACGACAUCCAUUAGCGCACUUACUCCUCUACCGUUGGCAGUGAUUGGCUCUCUCGCGGGCUUUAUUUCUCGGUAAAACUAUGCAUAAAGCGGCGCAGCGCGGUCAGUUAGCAUUUGCCAUGUAGUACUAACGUUUAUGUUUCCGCCUGUCAUAUUUACUAACCCCUUGUGUGACCUCGGAGGAUACUUCGUGCGAAUGUGUAGUUAGGGCAUUUAGCGGAAAGGGGAGGGAGCGAGAGAGCGAAAAGGAAGUCGAUGCUAGGGAAUACGUCCCGACAACAAGUCAGCGCAUUCCUAAUAAGUCUGGUACACACUGAAGUUCUCACGAUGCGUUGCAAGUCGUGGCUGUCACCUAAAAAGGGUAACUGGGUGCGCAGGAUCAGUACGGUAUGUGUGUGUGAGGAGUGAUUGAUCCGAAGAAUAAUAGUCAGUCUCAAAGACUCUCGCAUUCACGUAGGACCUGAGCUGCCUCCAGAAAGGCGUGGAGACUGGGAUGUGUAUGGCACGCGUACAGCGCAUGUGCAAUCUCGUGAAAUGUUAGCCUGCAAUUCGGAAAUGUGUUUUCGGUUCAAAAAUAUCACUUAAGUGGGGUUUCAAUACUCAUUAUCGUGCAGUAUAAUCUCAUGGUACUUCAAUCGCACCAGGAUCCCGACUUUACAAGAGCUUCUUUCCAAUCGUCUGCUAAAACUGCACUCUGCAGGAAGGUUCUAAUUAGGCAGUGUAUUUCUUCCCGCUGAUUUUCGAUACCCUUACAAAUUUAAAUAUAUCGUAUAGAAAAUAUGCACAGAAAUUUUCUAUCUUGCCCUUAUUCGAUCGCAGAUAUAGCCUUCUCUACAUUUUCUGCCUGAAAAGAGAGUAUUUUUCGGUUUUUAAAAAAAUUUCCUAUUCCCGAAUAUUUUGUUGCCUCAUCCGCCGUUGCACUUGCAUUUGAGUUUUCUAAACUGCAUGUUAUUUACAAUACAUGUCUCUCUAUGCUGUCAGGAAGAGUCAUAUGGGACUUGUAAAAUUGUGCAAUAGAUGUUGACCAUGUUGCCCACUUUGUAAGUGGCGUUAAUAAACGUGCUGGUGCGGUACUGUACGAAUUGAAUUCUCAUGUUCGAAAUUAAUCUCAAAAUUAGAAGCCUUUUUACAACCUAUGGAUACUUUCUCGUCAAGCAGAAAAUCUGGUGGAGACUUAUUUUGCGCUGAAAUAAAUAUAAGGAAGAAUAUUUUUAUGCAUAUUUUCUAAAUAACUCAUCGGAAUUUAUAAGGGCAUCGAAAAUCAAUGGGAAAUUAAUACCACUCAAUCAGUCAUUUUUACAGUGUAGCUUUUUCGAACGUAAGAAAAGAUCGUUUAAAAGGCUGCAUACUGACGUGACUGAAAUGUCUUGCGAUUAUGCUGCACGGUAGUUAGUCUUACGACCCUACUUACGUAGUCUUUUCCAAAGGAAAUUGAAAAAUCUCGUGAGAUAGGCCAGCCGCUGUACUAUACCUGACAUCGCCCAACUUCGUGUUUUCUUGAUUUAAUGUUUCCUGGUGGCAGCAUAACUCUAGAUGACGGACUUUCCUUGAACGUUCAUUGCAAAGUUAGUGGCUUUAACUGCCCAUCAUCAGGUGCUUGAAAGUCCUCAUGUAUUACUGCUCCCCGUAUAAUGUGCAAACAGGGAAUUGCUUCUCCAAUGAUGGUUUCUGAAAUACUGCUGAAACGCCGGGUUCUGACAUUCCUUGCUCCAGCCAACAACCAUGGUUCUUGUCAAUGGCAUUUUAUCGAUAAUUAUGAUGAUGAUGAUGGUGGUGGUGGUGGUGGUGGUGAUGGUGGUGGUGGUGGUGGUGGUGGUGGUGGUGGUGGUGGUGGUGACGAUAACGAUGAUGAAGAAAAAGAAAAAGUGGAAGAACAAGAAGAAGAACUAGGUUAAGUACUAAAUCGUGCCUUCAUUUAAAGAAGGCCCCUUAAUGGUGCUGCGACAGCAGCAAAUCUGAAACAUUAUUCCAAGUUUAUUUACAAGCCGUGGCCGAAACAUCUUGUGACUAUGCUGCGCGAUAGUUAGUCUUACGAUUCUACUCAAAGAAUCCUUUCCAAUCGAAGCCACAUUUCGGAAUUUCGCUUUACACUUCAUGUUUAACCAUGUCAGUCACUGCACUCGACCCCCCCCUCCUGCGGUCGCCCCAGGCCCUGUUCUAUCAUCGGGCACAGGUGGAUGAGGGAGGAGGGCGUGCGACAGGUGUCGCGCUAGUCCGCAAUUACCAUAAACUAGUUCAUGCUCAAGCCACCGUCCAGAACCACAUCGUACCGUGGACCACAGGGUGGAUAUCGUUAAUAUCGACGGCCGAACUGUCUUGGGCAAUUGGUUAUUGCCGCCAACUCGGGGAAAAUUCCCUCUGACUCGACUGAACCCCAGGCUGAAUCUCGAUAAAUUUCCUUUGGUGGAUUCACAAAUACGCACGCAUCAGAUCUGCGUGCGAAAACAUGCCUUGCAUUACAAAGACGGCAGAUGUAAAUGAGCAGGUGUGUUGUGUGCGACUUGGGGGAGGGGGGCGGGGGGAAGGCCUAGCGGCAAACUCAUUAAAAAUGAAAAACAACCACGCGUCCGUGUUGACAGGAGAGUCAGUGCGGUCUAGCUGUUCAAAUGACAUGGCCCAGGGGCUUAUGUCCUCUAAGCCCAUUGCUCCACUGUAGCUAGUGGAAUGUCUUAUACCUAACAACAUCAGACGCCCUGUUUGUGUAUGCAAUUUGUGCGGAUAAUGAAGGCUCGUACACAUGAGAACUACGAAGAUUUGUCCGGAAAAAGUGAAUAAGUGUGAGCGGAUGGGAUAAAACCCACACUACGCUCCAUGGCUAGCAGCUUCAGGCUGUCUGAUAAUCACCCCGUUUACCAUAAAGUGAAUUACAGGUAUGUAGCCGGUAGAAUGUGGUGUGGUAGCCCUACUCGAUGGACACAAUACUGCUGGGGUUGGGGUUAAGGGUUAUGGUUAGGGGUUAGCGCAGCUAUUUCUCAACCAUUCAUAGUACUACCGCGCAUUCCCAAUGGCUUUUCUUCUGCAUACAACUACUUGACCUCGUCGCCUGUGCGCCACAUAUAAAAAGCCCUAUUACAACCGGCCCCGUAUUAGAGUUAACUGGAGUUUGCUUACUUCAGGCGGGGCCACAUAACCACAUCCGACCACUUACUCUAAUUAUUUCAAAAGGAGAGCCAAGUACAGUGUAUUCCUGCAAUUAAAAAGUUCAAUUGGUCAGUGCAUUGAAGUGGAGCCUGGAAGUCACAUUUUGCUGCUGUAAAGACUAGAAAUGAAAGAGUCCUGCUUUUAUGAUUGUACCUGAGGUUUUUUUGGAGAGGUAUCUUAAUACUUAGGCCCAUCUUCUAUGCCACAGUAUCUUUAUAGCGGAGGAGGGGAGACGGCAGAAUCUGGGGGGGGGGGCGGGUAGUCUGAUGCAGUAUUGUUUCGGGCUUAUUUUGCCUUCGUUCAGCCAACCAUAAUCCUAGCCAGCAGCUGGGACCAGAAACCCAAACAUGCGUACAGACAUACCUGGCGUAGUUGGUUUACCACUGGGAUCUACCAAAUGGGUCACAAGCACUUCAUCGAACCGACAUCAGUGCCUCGCCACCUGCCACUCUCUGUCGUUGCAGAUCGGGUAUUUAUACACUCAGGAAUUGGCGCACACCGAUCCACUGGCUUUCCGAAGCAAACAAGCCUCGCAUGAGCGAAAGGGGUCACGAGCUGGCAACGACCUAACAGGCCGAAGUUGGCCAGGCUAUGAUAGCAAAGGGGAGACUACAGAGUCUGUGGGGUAGAUUGAUACAAAAUUGUUUCGUGCUUGUUUGCUCUCAUAACCAUGAUCGUCAGCUUGAACCGGAAACACACACACAUUUCUUAUGCUGCAAGCCCUUUAGACAUGAAAUGGCUAACAUUGUGCCGAUGAGAGUUUGUAGAUGCGUCCGUGCACUUACCUAUGAACGUUGUACUAGACAAGGUACUACAUGUUUAGGACUUCAAACCAACUGUCCUCCUCCAGUAAGAUUCACUGGGCGCACUGCGAGGUCCUUUGUGUCACCGUGCCCGAGUCCUUUAUCACGUCCGACUACAACAAAGUAAAUUGGACAGAACUUCUUGGUCGUGCGCUAAUGUAACAAUACCGAUAGUUCAGAGGUGUUUUGGCAGAUCUCAAAUAAUUCACUUUGACCGAAUUGUGAAAAAUUCGGUGUCUCGGGGAGAUUCGAAAUCUCGACAGCAAGAGGAAGGCUUUAGUGCAGACAACGCUCCAACCAUCUGAGCUACGAGACCCCACCGGAGGACGCGAGUUUAAUCACAUUUGGGUCAAGUUACCCGCCCAACCUGCUGCAAUGUCUGAAAUCCACCAAAUCUGAUACAGUAAGCUGACUGCCCAAACAGGAUUUCCUGCCAAAACACUUCUGAAUUACGUGAGCCUGGUAGUCAUCUGCUGGAUUCUAGACGUAUUACUUAGGCAAUCCUGCUUGGGCAGUCAGCUUACUGUAUCAGAUUUGGUGAAUACCAGACGUUGCAGUAGGUUGGGCGGGUAAACUUGAGCCAAAUGUGUUCAGACUCGCGUCGUCCGGUGGGACCCCGUGAAUCAGAUGGUUAGAGCGUUGGUUGUACUAAAGUCCUUACUUGCUGUCGUAAGUUUGAGUCCCACCGAGGUAUCGGAUUUUUCAGAGUUAAGUCAAUAUGAAAGAUACUAUUUUAUCAUGUAUGACUUUUGACUGUUCCAAACGUUAACAAUUACUACAGGCCUCCUGCUAACCGAAAGCUACAUUGUUUUCGCACCACGAGGUAUAUAUCCACAGCAUAGGGACUUAAAAGUUGGCCAUGUAGUUUCGUGGAGGGGUAGUUAUCAGGGAUGUGUAUGGUUUCCCUGUUAGCUUCGAACCCCGAAACUUGUCGUUGGAAGUAGCAUAUUUUCAGCCGUUCUGACGCAACGCAGGCUCUGUUCACCGAGGAUUAUAACUAGCGCCAGUCAUUGCAGUCGUUGGGGCGCAUUGUUGAGAAACGCCAAAGCUAAGGACGAGGACACCUCAACUUUUGUAUCCAUUAGAAUUCUUUGUUGACGAAAUCGUGCCACCUAACAGAGUAGCCUCCCCACCCCACAAUUAACAAAGAUAGUAUAUUUACUCGUUGUUCGAUGAGGCUGGAGAUGGAAUUUUGAAUGCGCACUUGAGUGUAGACCAAAAACAGACGGCAUUUGCAGUACACAGUGGCAAGUUGUUUCCUGGCCAUUAUAUUCCUAGUCAACCUCGCGUCAAAACACCGACAACAACUCGGGCGUCCUUUCGCAGUCGCUCAUAAAGCAUCAAUUCUUAUCGGCCAAGCGCGUCAACAGCAUGGUCCUGCAUCAAUCCUGACUAUAGAAUGACAUUGUUUUGACUGCUAUGAGAGGACAGUGCUUUAUUUGCAAUUAAGAAGGGUGCGCGCUUUGGAGAAAAGCUUACGGUGCGAACGUACCCUAAUGAACUGCAGCAGCCCAUGGAUAACGUCCGCCCGGAUCCAAAAAAAUAAAAGUACAUCUCACUGGAUAGAGUGGCAGCAUGAAGAUGCUCGGUAUGGUCUGAAACUAUGCCCUAUCUAAAAUAGAAGUUGGUUGACCGUAUAUCUACUGAUCAUUGGAUUGGGAUUGCAGCGAACAAAAGAAAUUAUUACUCAGUUUUCCAAUCAACAUCUCUUUGAUCUACUUUCUUGUUAAAAACUCUGUGUCGUCCCGGGACGGCUACUUACCUGACAGUUAUGACGGAUGUACGUGAAAAGACUCACUCUGUUACCUAUGACAUACUCGGACAGUGCAUUUACUGUCUGCAUUCGAUGUCAGGGCUUUUACAUAUCCGGUGCAUUUCCUUUCGCUUAUAGCAUUCACGAGUCAUCAACAUUGAGCCUGACCCAAAUGUAAUUAAACUCGUGUCGUCCGGUGGGGCCUCGUAGCUCAGGUGGCUAGGGCGUUGGCAGUACUAAAGCCUUCCCCUUGCCGUCGUGGGUUCAAAUCUCGCUGAGGCGCCGAAUUUUUCACAGUUGGGUAAAGAUGAAUUGAGCCUGAUGGCGACGGAAAUGAAGCCAAGAAAAUGGAUACUGUGCGCGCAAGCGACCCUUUGCAGGUCGCACAGGUCCAAAGUCGCCUAACUAGACGCUCCUGUGCAGGGUUUAGUAAAUUCUGCUGAAAGUAGUCGUUUCAGCGAUGUUUUCGCUUAGGCAGAAUAGCAUUACCGACAAAGGCAAGGAGACUGGAAUGACUACUUCUGGCAUAUUAGCCGUUAUCAGCUAGCCAAUAUCAGGGUUCGAUCCCUCGACCUGUUGUUUAGAAGUCCAACGUCUCCAACCACUGGGCCGCGGGCUCGUUUCCCUGUCGGUUGCGAUCGGGAAUAUACGAUAGUCGAGAGGCCCUCAACGACCGUUUUAAGGAGCUGACUUACCCCGUAACUGAUGUGCGGCAGCUGGUUGGAUUCGAGAGAGAGAUAGCCCAAAGACACAACGGGAAAAGUGAGCUCCGUAAAGCGGCCGAUGAGCGCCCCUCUAUAAAUGUUUUCGAAGCCGCACCCGUCAACUUUUAACUCAAAUUAUCCAGGGUUACGCAGACGGAACUGUUCGACUACCGUUUGUAUCAUCUCGCGAUGCACUAACCUUGGGAGAAAGCAGCACGGACCUGCCAGCGUUCAAUUUUCUGCAGCACAUCCAUCCAAAAACACAUUUUGCUUGAUGGCGUUGGUUAAUUGGGUUUUAAUCAGCUCCCGCAUUUGCGUUAACUGGAGAGUUGAGGAUGCAAGCAGAGAUUUUUUCGGAAAUCCUGAAGGAACAUAACUUUUCUUUAAAUUUACUGUUUGAUCAGUUCCAUCCAAGCUUUAAAAACAUUAUUUUUUGAUGUUAACAGGCUUCAAGAGCAAGCUACAAUUCCGUCCCAAUGGUUCUACGAGAGGAACAGAGGACAUAG